AUGGAUGAUCAGCUCAAUGCAGAACUGCUCAAACUGUUUGAACUGUGUUUAGAGCAGAAGCCCCUCGGCGAGCCGCAGCGGACACAGAAGCCCCUCGGUGGGCCGCAGCGGACACAGAAGCCCCUCGGCGAGCCGCGGCGGACACAGAAGCGACUGUGUGUAAGGAGGAAAAGAGGAAGGAAGGAAAGGAGUAAGGAGGAAAAGAGGAAGGAAACUAAACCAGUUGCAUUUGCUGUUCGCACAAAUGUCAACUACAGCCCGAGUCACGAUGACGACGUCCCCGUGCCGGGAAUGGCCAUCUCCUUUGAGGCUAAAGACUUCCUCCAUGUCAAAGAGAAAUUCAACAAUGACUGGUGGAUAGGACGCCUGGUGAAGGAAGGCUGUGAAAUCGGUUUCAUCCCGAGUCCGGUGAAGAUUGAAAACAGUCGAAUCCUCCAGGAACAGAGAGCCAAACAGGGCAAGUUCCACUCCAGUAAACUGGGAGCAAACUCAUCGUCUAGUUUAGGUGAAGUGGUUCCUAACUCACGGAAAUCUACUCCUCCUUCGUCUGCCAUUGACAUAGACGCCACAGGCUUAGACCCCGAGGACAAUGAGCUUCCAGUCAACCUGCGCUCCCCUAAAGCCAGUCCAAACACUGUCAUGUCACCCCUAGCAAAAGAGAAACGAAUGCCUUUCUUUAAGAAGACGGAACACAUUCCUCCGUAUGACGUUGUGCCUUCUAUGCGGCCCGUGGUUCUGGUUGGACCGUCACUGAAGGGCUACGAGGUUCGUCAACGCUCUGAUAUCUGUUUUAUUUUAUUUUAUGUUUUGAUGUUUGAAGGAAAAAUAUCAAUCACUCGAGUCACGGCGGACAUCUCUCUUGCCAAACGCUCCGUCCUGAACAAUCCCAGCAAGCACGCCAUCAUCGAACGCUCCAACACACGCUCAAACUUGGCGGAGGUCCAGAGUGAGAUCGAGCGGAUUUUCGAACUGGCUCGGACGUUACAGCUGGUUGUUCUGGACGCCGACACCAUCAACCACCCGUCGCAGCUGGGAAAGACUUCGCUCGCCCCCAUCAUCGUCUACGUCAAGAUCACCUCUCCCAAGGUGCUGCAGAGGCUCAUCAAAUCCAGAGGAAAGUCUCAGGCCAAACACCUCAACGUACAGAUGGUGGCGGCGGACAAACUGGCCCAGUGCCCUCCUGAGAUGUUUGACAUCAUCCUAGAUGAGAACCAGCUGGAGGACGCGUGUGAGCAUAUGGCCGAUUACCUGGAGGCCUACUGGAAAAGCACUCACCCAACCAGCUGCAACCCUCCCAACCCACUGCUAACAAAGCUGCCCACGGCCACUUUACCCUCCAGCCCGGCCCCGGUCUCCGUCGUGCAGAGCGGCGGAGCAGAGCAGAAAGGAGACAAAGCGUUAGUGGAGAGGAAGGGCUCCCGAGAGGACCACCAUCAUCACCACCACCACCACCACCAGAACCAGAACCAGGCCGACGCCGAGGCCGAGGGGGACGCCAACGAGGAGGAGGAGGAGGAGCGGCCGCUGAGGACGGAGUCGUCAAGGAGAGCCCAGCACAUCCACCACCGUUCGUCUUCCACCAGGACUGAGCACCACAACCACCAUCACCACCACCACCACCACAGCGGCCGGGGCAGGGGUCUCUCCCGGCAGGAGACUUUGGACUCGGAGACCCCCGAGAGCAGAGAGAGCCGAGAGAGCCGGGAGAGCCGGGAGAGCAAGGACUCGGCUUAUAACGAGCCGCGCACUCAGCUCCACCACCAGGAAGAAGAGGAGGAGGAGGAGGAAGAGGAGGAGGAAGUGGAGGACGAGGAGGAGGAAGAGGAGGAGGAGGAUGAGGAGGAUCUAGGGGAGGGGCAUCCUCAACAGCAGCAGCGAUACGAGCCGCUGCCCCACCGGGACCACAACCACCACCAUCACCACCACCACCAUCACCGAGGGGGAGCGGAUGAAGCCGGACACAGCACGGGACACCACCGCUCCAAAGAGCGAGAGCAGGACCAUAACGAACGGAACAAGCAGCGCUCUCACCACCACCACCGGCCCACGCGUGACCACCACCACCACUACUACGACCGGGACAGAGACAGGGACCGAGAGGGGGAGGUGGCGGUGGCUCCCAAAAAGAGGGGGGAUGGAGGGGAAUGGGCCAGAGACUCCUACAUCCACCAGUGA